UUCGAAUCCAUCAAGUUGAUCAACAUGCUUUCCCGCCGCGCCGCCGUUGCGGCGGCAGCCAUACUCCACCGCCGCGGAAUUCUAUCCAGGCACAUCACAUCUGCGAAGAAGAAGGUGGUCGUUGGUAUGUCGGGUGGCGUGGACUCAUCAGUCGCUGCCUACCUUCUCCAUCAAGACAAGUCGCUCGAGGUCCACGGGAUGUACAUGAACAACUGGGACACGUCCGACGAGGAAGGUCACGCAACGUGUCCAGCUGACAUGGAGUACGAAGCUGUGCGCCAGGUGUGCAACGACAUCGGCAUCCCUUGCACCCGUGUCGACUUUGUCCAAGAGUACUGGAACAACGUGUUCGCGCCGUGCCUAGACGAGUACGCACAGGGCUUCACACCCAACCCCGACGUCCUUUGCAAUCGCGAGAUCAAAUUCGACGCUUUCGCUCGACAUGCCAAGCAUUUAGUUGGCGCCGACGCCAUCGCCACCGGCCAUUAUGCGCAAUUGCUUCCCAUGCACGACAGCGCCGCCAGUUCAACCGACUCUGACGCCUUAAGGCUGUUUGCUGCCGUGGACACCAACAAAGAUCAAACGUACUUUCUGUCGCAUGUGUCUGCCGCCGCCUUUCAACAGGUUCUGUUUCCAUUGGGCAAGUUCACCAAGCCCCAAGUGCGGGAGAUUGCCCUCCACGCCAACUUGAGCACUGCGUUGGCGAAGGAGAGCAUGGGCAUCUGUUUCAUUGGAAAGCGACCGUUUGGGUCGUUCCUGGCGCAGUACGUGCCCCCUCGCCAAGGCCACUUUGUGUCGGUCGAAACGAACGCGACGAUGCACGCCCACGACGGGUUUAGCGCGUACACGAUCGGCCAAGGAGCCAAAGUACCCGGGCAGGCCGCCAAAUGGUUCGUCGUGGGCAAACGCGACCAAGAUGCGGCGGUGCUCGUCGCCCCGGGCACCCACCACCCGGCCCUCUUUGCCGAUCAUACGUACGUGCACACCCAAGCGUUCAACUGGCUCGCGCCGCCGCCAUUCUCGCAGGGUUUGAUUCAAUCCUCCGUUCGAGAUGACGGCAAACCAGCGACCCCACCCCCUUCACAUACCUCUGCAACGACCUCAUUUCGAUGCUUGUAUCGAGCGAGGUACCGCCAGCCUCUGGCCGGCUGCACUGUCACGAUCGUGCACGAUCUCGACGCCACUGGCCUCCACCCAGCGCGCCACAAUCAUCAGCAGCUGUCGACUGACACGUACCUCAAAGUGGACUUCGACGUGCCUCAGCGGGGCCUCGCACCGGGCCAAUCCGUCGUGCUGUAUCGACAGGACGGGCUUUGUUUCGGCGGAGGCGCCAUCUACUGCGCGGGUCCGUCCUACUGGGAAAUGCGCAAACCGUUGCCGUCCCCCCUGCACGACUGGCACGUCUAAGCUCAAAGUGCAAUGUGGACAAUCUCAGCUUUUGAUGCUGCACGAAACGUUAGCGAGAAUAACCAACCUGUCGUCACAUGCGUGAACUGUCAUGUUGGAAAUAACGUCAUCACUAUAACUGAACAACGUCGCUUGGAGAUGCGGCGCCAACGACCAAACAAGUUCACGA